CUCCUUCCUCUCCCCACAAAGGAAGCUGCAUCAUGGGUCUUCCAAACGGCUCUUCUGAUUUCACAUUCGCACGCUGCCCGGCACACGGUUCCCGUUUUCUCUCGUAGCAGGCAAGAUGGCUUCCUGGCGGACCUUCUGGGCCUUGGUUCUCUCAGGCUUCUUCCUGGCUGGCGAUUUCAAGAGUAUACAAGAUGGCGCCAGCACGAAGAACGCGGAGACUCCUGCCCACGUGAACGACUGGAAGUGGAAAGCAACAGCUGAACAGGAUCCAGGGAAGAAACGUGCCGAAAUGCCUCCUGCCCUUCCAACAGCUUCAACCCUCUUGAUGGCUCUCCAGGAAAAGACCAUCUCCUUUGCCAUGGAGACCAUGACCAAAAUUGCAUUCACUCCAAAGAACGUACUGCCAGAAACCAAAAGUCAGGCUAAAUCAAAGCAUCUCCCCCUGGAAAUUACUAAACCGUGGCCGUGGCUGGUUGAAGUCACCUCCAAACCCACCCAGGCACCUCUUUCCACAGUGUCAUCGGGGCAAGACACUGAGACUGCUGGACCUGUCUCCAAAAGAAAAGAUAGCUUCCAUUCUUCGUUCAAAAAAGUCACACCUAGUUCGGCCGUCUUGGACGAUCCAUCUACUGCUUCCCCUCACGAUCUGACUGAUAAUUCAGGGUUUUCCACAGCUACCCAGAAGCACCCACCUAAGGACUUAAAGUCAAAAAUAAAGCCUCCUCUCAUAACAGCUACAUCUGCAACUCCACAACAUCUGGAUGAAAUCCUGUCUACAUCUCAGACUUUGACUUUGGUGGACGACACAGAGUUUUCUGUGGCCACCCAGAAGCAUAGCUUGGGCUCAGGUAGGCCAGGCCUAAAUCCAAGGGCAAGGCCUCUCCUUACAACAUCCGAGCCCCAUAAAACAUGGAAAAGGCUGGAUGAAAUGGUUUCUACAUCCUUGGCUUUUUCUACGAGGUCCCCAAGACGAAGCUUGGGUGCCACCACGUCAGGUUCCUCAGCCGUCACCCAAGGGAAGCCUCCCCUUGCCAAUGAUACCAGCCUCCUGAUUGGAAAGUGUUUGCUGGCCAUCCUUCUCCUGGCCCUGGUGGCCGCCAUCUUCAUUGUGUGCUCCGGUGUCCUGGCCAUCAUGCUGUGGCGCCAGAAGAGAGCCUAUAGACUAGGCCAGGCCAACCACACAGAGAUGGUGUGUAUCUCGUCCCUGCUAUCUGCCGAAAAAGAGGAGGAGGAGGAGGAGGAGGAGAGGAGGAGGAGGAGACAGUCCAAAGUGAAGCGGGUACAACUUCUCGGGGAUACAGCGUCCGAGACGGAGGCGGACAACUUAACUCUGAACAGCUUCCUCCCAGAGCAUUAAUAGACAUCUUUGGUUCAUCUCCUUAGAGCCUCUUGAUCUUCUCCAAGACUGUCUGUCAUCUGCACCCUGGACUAUAUCUGUAGUACAUCCCUCUCCUCCCAUCUGGGUGGGCUCAUUGCACGGACUCUUCCAUUUGUUUGCCUGCUAUACAAACCCAACGUUUAUGUUCUGCGAACUGUCGUUUCUUGGAGAACUGUUGUGGCUUGUUAAACACAAGACUUAGCACAGUGUUUUUCUGCAGCCCUGCAGAUCAAAGGAGAGGUGCUUGGAAAGGGGACAUUCUGAAAUGUGUAAAUUAUUUGUUUGUUAGAUUUUUACUUGGUUUCCUCCCAGGAGCUCAAGGCCUCGGUCCUUUCUGUUGCUCCAGACCCUGAAAAUCUUCAGCUACUCCUCUGCUACAGGAAAAUCUCAGUUCCUUUUUUGAAACCAUCAUAUCUAGAAAGUAGUAACUGAAGCGUGAAAUCUCAGAACAGACCUAAACAUUUCUGGCUUUUUUUUUGUAUUUUACUAGAGAACUAAGAUUUCUAGAGUGUUUUUGAGAUGGGUUUAUGUUUGAAAUUGAGCUGACUGGAGUGGGAGGGGGGGGCAGUCUUACAUAAUCCACAUUUAAAAUAAUUAAAACAUUU